AUGCGCCGUGUGGCCGAGCGCUGCUGGUCUGCGCUGCCUUCAGGACACAAGCUCCUUGCCGUAAGGUUCUUCAGGGUUUUCGGAGGUGUGUACCCUGUUUUCGGGUGUAGGGCCAACGAUUGGUUUGCGUGCGCACGACGCGCGUGCGAAACGCCUGCGAAAAGCCCCGUGAAAACCGGACGCUUUUCCUUGAGCGGUCGCAUUUUGGAUGGGAAAUCGUGUUUUUGCCACAGCCCGGGUGCCAUUCCCGACUUCUCGGGGCCUCGGAACAUCACAAACUACAUUCUUCUGGCUCUGUGGAUUGCGUCGAAUCGCGCUCUGGCCUGGGCCCUGAUGUGGAAAUCGUGCUCUCCGCCGAGGUCCCGUGAUGUUUUCGUGGCUUGCAUGGAUGGAAUCCUCGUUUUGGGCCGUUGGGCCUGGAUGGGUUCAGCCGAAGAGGAUUUGCAAUUCGCGGAGUUGCAAGUUGCACUGUCACCUAGGCGCUGUGCGUAUCGAUGUCGCUUUUUGACGUCGGGUCUCGCGAAAGGUGAAAUUGUCGUCGCUUAUGGUCGUCGGGGUUCGCCAAUUGCGAAACAUGUGGUUGUUUACGGACGUCGGGAUUCGCGAAAUGCGAAACUGCCGUCGUUCUCGGAUGUCGGGUUUCACCACAAUCCGAAACUGUCGUCGCUUUUGGGUGGCUUUGCAUGUCGGGACGUCCCGCCUACCGUGCGCAUCGACGUCGCCAUCCUUGCAAUUAACGGUCGUUGCUAUUGGACGUCAAAUGUGAAGAAACUGUCCUCGCUUUUGGUGACUUUGGACGACAUGCGGAGCUCUGGUGGCUCGAAAGUCGACGAUUGCAGUGCAAACGUAGUCGGCCGAGGACGCCCGGAGGUCCAGUGGCUCGCAAGUCGCCUUCUCUGGUCCAAAGGUAGUACGCGGAGGAUGUCCGGAGGUCCAGUGGCUCGAACGCCGACUUUUGCAGCACAGUACACGGAGGGCGUCUGGAAUUCUUGGAGUUCUUUUGAGGGAUGUUUUUCAAGUGCCAAUGGAAUGUUCUCUGGCUCAGAGCUUGGAGUGCUCUUCGCGUAUGUUUGGAGGACCCUUGGAAAGCUCUGGCGUUUCCGCGUGGUCUCUCACUGUUUGGGGUCUACGUUGGCAUAA